AGACCAUUUUUAGCGCAGUAAGAUCAGUGACAAGAAGACACCAAAAGAGAUCGAGGAUUGAGAUCCCUCGAAUUACCAUCUGCAUCCCACCCUCCCCCCUUCACCCUGAACCAUCUAUUUUAAGGACUGGGAGAAAUAAAGGGGAUUAUAAAAUAUGAGUGAAGCAACAGCUGAAGAACCAAAGCCCAAAACACCAGGGGCUGAAGCAAGUGCUCCACCUGCUUCAAGUGAAAUAGAACGGAAAGUACUGGCUACUAAAGUCCAGGGAACUGUGAAAUGGUUCAACGUGAGAAACGGCUAUGGGUUCAUUAACAGGAAUGACACCAAAGAAGAUGUCUUUGUCCACCAGACAGCGAUAAAGAAAAAUAAUCCUCGCAAGUAUCUGCGGAGUGUAGGGGAUGGAGAGGUGGUGGAAUUUGAUGUUGUUGCUGGGGAAAAGGGGGCUGAGGCGGCUAAUGUGACUGGCCCAAAGGGAGCACCCGUUCAAGGCAGUCGCUAUGCAGCAGAUCGGCGCAGAUACCGCCGCGGUUACUAUGGACAGAGAAGAGGUCCCCCAAGGGAGGGUGGAGAUGGUGAGAUAAAAGAUGGGGUUCCAGAAAUGAUUCAGACCCAGCAAAUCAAUCAAAUCAAUCGUCAGCCAGCUGGCUACCGUCCAAGAUAUCGCAGAACCAUGACUCAACCAAGAUCUGUUCCACCAACUGGAGAGAAUGAAAACAAGGAGAAUCAGACUGAGAUGGCAGCCCCUGACCAGCAACAACAAAUUCGCCGUGGGUUCCGAAGACCGUACAACUACCGGCGUAGACCUAACCAAGGAAGUGCUCCACCACAGGGGAGCAAAGAGUCAACCAAGAUGAGUGACACCCCAGCUGAGAAGCCUGUGCCAGCAAGUGAGAAAAGCAAUGCUGCGUAAUUCGAGAGGCCCGGCCGUCCAUCAUGUGCAAAAUGAGCACUGACAGACAGACAGACAAGAGGCCUCACACUUCUUUCAUUCGUCAGUGAGCUACAAUUGCCAAAUAAUCAGGAGGGAGACAACUUGCCUUUUCGCUGUUAGGAUAGCAUGCUGCUGAUAUGCUUACAAUUAAUGGGAUUCAGACACCUAAUAUUAACUUACAGUGGCGUAACUAGAUGUUGCUGGGCCCCACAGCAAAUUAAUUUUAGGGCCCCCAACAUAUCCAGUGUAUGUCCUGUUUUACCAAUAUAUGUUCAAAUUGCUCAUCAAUGAGAGUCUCAUGGGGCCCCCUGUACCUCCUGGGCCCCCCUGCAGCCGCAGGGUCUGCUUCCUCUGUAGUUACGCCCCUGUUAACUUACUAGUGAAGGGGAUACAAACUUUAAAUGUUAAAGUUUAUCUGUUAAAAACUUACUUUGAUCCUUUGAUGCCAAAGAACCCGUAUGAGUAACAAUCAGAGUGGUGGACUAGGGUAUAUAUACCAAUAUAUCAUAAAUUAUAUAUACUGGUUUUUAUGAACGGAUGCUGACCUUCUCAUCUAGGUAGAUUCACCAUGCAUCAAAGCCUCAAACUUUGUUCUAAUCUAUAAACUAUGUUACUCGAUUUACAUUAAGAACAGUUAUGCAUCCUUUUCCCAGUCUCCACCUGCAUGCUUCAACCAAAAACCAAGCCCUCCUAGCUGUUGCAAUACAUAUGACAUCAUUGUAUGACAUCAUUGGUUUACAGCAGCAUGCUUGCUUUUUUACAUGGCAAAAAGAAUCCAUGGAUGGCUUAAAAAACCAUUUGCUAUAAAAGAACAUAAAUUGUGGCAAA